CCCUUUCCCUCCCUCUUCGCUUCAUCACCCUCUCUCUCCUCUGCCACGUUGCGACAGGGUUCCGUUUGAUCUGGUCUUCCUUCCACAAUGGCUGGCAUGCUAAAGAAUAUGUUUGGCGGCUCUCAGCCGUCAGAUCCAGCCAAAGUCGAGGAUGAUUUCGCCGACUUUGUGAAGGCUCCCGAGCCGUCCCCUGCGUCCAUAGUAGCGGGGUCGUCGUCGGUCCCCGCCCUCGACACCCAGGGUGCCACCGCCGUCCCCUACACAAAAUGGUACCGAGUUUGGGAGCGGACCUCUCCCAAGGACUUUAUGCAAGAAGCAAUGGUCAUGCCAUUGAUCCUUCUGAUUGUUGUAUUUCAUCUCUGGGGCACGCGCAAGAAUAGACGGAGAGCUAGGGAGUGGGCUCAGGCUCAUGCGCCGGCUCUCCAGAGCGAAUUCGCGGUCGUGGGAUUCGAUGGCGUCCACAAAUCCACCGGCGAGGCCGAUUCUGCUCCUGCGGAAUUGAUCUCCCCGGAGUCCAUUCUGAAGGAGAAGUCUGCGCAGGAGUUCGUCUCCUAUGCCACCGGUAGACAGAACGUCGCCUUCGUUGACAUGUCUAUCAAGUUGCCCAAGCGGCACAACCCCAUCAUUUACUGGUCCGAUUAUGCUCUCAGCUUUUUCUUCGACAGCUGGCAGGCUCCUACCGAGACAUUCGAGGCAGUCGCCUACACCUUUGAUGGCAGGGAAAAGGAUCUUGUUCCCGUACCCGCCAACGAUACUUCAUCCCUGAAGGUGAACAACUCGACCUAUGACGGUUUCAUCUGGGCUGUUGUGCACAAGAACCACAUGCGCAAGUUCCGCCUGGAUCGGUACGAUGCGUCGAUGACCUUUACCAAGGACAAUGCCAAGCUACCAUCCUGGGUUACCGUUAUGACAGAAAGUGCCGAAAUCACCGAUACUCUCCUCACUCCUGAAUUGAUCCAGGCUAUCGAGAAGGCUGGAGACUCUUUCAGAUAUUUCAUUGUCACUGACCAGCCCAUCGACAAGCCCUUGAAGAUCGAGGAAACUACACCCCGGAAGCGCAUUCAUUAUUCCGUCUCUCUUCCCUCGUCUGCUUCUGGUUACUCGGCCACCAUGCCACUGUUCAACCAGUUCCUUCGUUUUACUGACAAGCUUGUUGCGUCUGCUCAUUUCCGUCCGGAGGUGAUGCGCAAGAUCAAGCACGUUCGUGAAGAAGAGAUCAAGAAGCUUCGCCGCGCUGACGAGGAAGAAAAGGCAGAGGAACGCAGGCUGGCAGCUGAGAAGAUCAAGAAGGACGAGCGAGAGCGACUCCUCCGUGGCAUGACUGCCGAAGAGCAGCGCAAGUUCCUUGAGCGUGAAUCGCAAAAGGGCCAGAGACGUUCUAUGAAGAAGUACACCAAGAGAGCAUGAUCGGUCUUAUAUUGUUCCGAUAUUGGAAAUUGUCGGUCUUUCUUCGGUGCUCCUUACCCUUUAUCUCAAUGUAUUCAUAAGUAUAUUUGUCGUGUGUGGGCGCGCGAUGUAGCUGGGAUUCGGAAGAUGAUGUCAAGCUUUCUGAUGCUGACUUGACAAAGAUUUACUUUCGAAACCCAUUUAUGAAAAUCAUGCAUUUGGCCUUUUUAAUGUCAUCAUAAUCUUCCAGUUCGAAAAGAAAGUUGUUGUUCCAUAAAGUGUAUGCUCUAACGUCUCCCUCAAGACCCUUGAAAGAGUAUGCGUCUCUACAUCCUUAGAAGUCUUCAUCGCCUCCUUCCCAUAUUCUUUCCGCUCAAACUGCAAGUACUAUCA